GGAAGUUAUUCUGUCAAAUUAAUCAAUAAUUCGGAAACGGAGGCAGAGGCAGAAGAUGGCAGAUCCAAAAUAUGCUAAUUUACCAGGCAUUGAUAUAGGUGCACCAGAUGUUUAUGAAACAGAUGAAUUACCUGAAGAUGAACAAGCUUUACAGACAUCCAGUGAAGUCAAGGAAGAAGAAAAUGAAAGUAUAGACAAAUCAAACAUUGACACAUCUUCUGCCCUGGGCAAGUUUAAAGGCAAAGACCUGAAAUCAACAAAUAUAGACUUUUCAGACAGAAUUACAUCUUCAAGAAGAACAGGCUACGAUGCAGAUAAAACAGAAUAUGAAAUGCUGGAAGAAGGAAAAAUAGAGACUCCACAACAGAAGUACCAAAGGAUACAACAUGAGAUUAGGGAGCUUGCAGAGGAAGCAAAUAGAAUUAAGGAGAAUGUAAAAGAGGAAGCUAACACAGAGAAACUGAACCCUGUAGCCUUCAGUAAACAGCUGGAGUAUUUACAGCAUCAGCUGAGUGAUUUACAACUAGAAAAAUUACUGGGACCUGAUACAACAGUGAACCUGUCUGAUCCACAAGGAGCUUUACAGAAGAGACUUAUGACACAGUUACAGUCCUACAAACCAGUAGACAAAUCUAAAAAGACACCUGAUGGCAAGGGAGAAGACUGUGUAAUGUAUGAAUUAUACCACAGACCAGAACAAGCACAGUUCUCUAGAAAUGCUAAGAUGGCCAGUUUAGAAGAGAGGUUGGACAGACUGGAAGCAGUAAUAGGCCAUAAUCCUGAAAAACUUAGUAUAUUGACUGCAGAUACAGAUAGUAAAUGUUUACUGGAAGCUGUAUCUGUAGUUAACUCCAAGUUAUCUUUACUGGAGCCUACAAGUCUUGAACAAGUUGAUGCCAGACUUCAUGGUGUAAAUCACAAACUUACGCAAAUUGCUGAGAAGAAAACAGCUCAAGAAAAUAAUGAAAAACAAACAAAGUUGAUGGAGUUGUAUGAAUUAGUGAAGAAGUGGAAUUCAGUGUCUGAUACAUUACCCCAGGUUGUAGAUAGACUUGUUUCUUUAAAGGAUUUACAUGAACAAGCACUACAGAUGACCCAAACACUGGGAUAUUUAGAUACAGCACAACAAGAAAUUAAUUCUAGUCUACAUUCACAUGGAGAUUUAUUGAAACAGAUUCAAGAAACUUUUAAACAGAAUACAGAUGCCAUUAAGACAAAUACAGAGAAGUUAGAACAAAGAAUGAAGACAGUACAGAAAUAGUGCAAUAAAUAAAUACUUAUACAUUGGAUAAAACUCCUUAUUAGUUUAUUAUACAUUUUAUUUGCUAAUAGAAGAUGAUGUAAUUAUUUGCCUAACUUAUGAUUUAUUUCAGUGGUAUUUAUCUGGUAAUAGACAUUUAUCUCAUUUUUAUGAUGCUAUUUAUGGUUAAAUGGAGCAAAUAUGAAAUAAAAUUAUCAAUGAAAA